GGUUUAACCAGCAAGACUUUCUCUCCUUCUUCUGGUCGGUUUCCUGUUGGUCGCGAGACACAUAGAGAAAGACAGGGAGGGAGGGAGAGUGGGAGACAAAGGUUUCCAGCCAGAUAACCCUCCUCAUAUAUUGAGGACACUCCGGAUUUUUACAGACGCAUCUUCAAGACAAAGUUCGGGAGAGACACCAGCUGUCAGUCCCAGUGCGUCCUGCAAGGUCCUCCGCAAGGAUCCACUGGCGGUUUGCGACUCGAAGAAACCGCAUUGAAAGCCACUGAACAGGGCAACAAUGAAGAUUCUCCUGCUUCUGGUAAUCCUUCAGCUGCUCUUGGCUCCAGCGCUCACGGUGCCCAGUGUGGAUCACUGGGACUCGUGGGGUCCGUAUGGAGAAUGCAGCCGCAGCUGUGGCAGCGGUGUGACCAUGAGAACCAGACGCUGUAUCACCCUCAGGGCUGAUGGAGGACACAACUGUGUGGGACCAGACAAGUCUUACCGCUCCUGCAACAUCCAGGACUGUCCGGAGGGCUCCAGGGAUUUCCGUGAAGAGCAGUGCUCCCAGUUUGAUGGGACUGACUUCCAGGGGAAACGCUACAAGUGGCUCCCAUACUAUGGAGCUGAGAACCCCUGUGAGCUGAACUGCAUGCCAAGAGGAGAAAACUUUUUCUAUCGUCACCGCAGCUCUGUGGUUGAUGGUACGCCCUGCCACCCAGGACGCAGGGAUGUUUGUGUUGAUGGAGUCUGCAAGCGUCUGGGCUGUGACAAUAUGUUGGAGUCUCCUCAGCAGGAAGACCCCUGCCUGCAGUGUGGGGGUAACGGACAGUCCUGCUACAGAGUCAAGAACAGCUUCUCUGUACGCGACCUGCCAACUGGCUACAACCAGAUGUUCAUCAUCCCUGUUGGAGCCACCACCAUCAGCAUCAGAGAAACGGUGGCCACACGCAACUACCUUGCUAUCAAGAACCUGCGUGGUGAGUACUACCUCAAUGGCCACUGGGUAAUUGAGUUUUCCAGGGCGACACCGAUUGCUGGAACUAUGCUGUACUAUCAGCGAGGAGCUGAGGGUGACAAUGUCCCUGAAACCAUCAUUGGCCGUGGCCCCACCACUGAACCCCUUGUUGUUGAGCUGAUCAGCCAGGAGCCAAAUCAAGGAGUGGAGUAUGAAUUUUAUCUUCCUAAUGGACGCUCCAGAGACGGCUACUACUGGAGUUUUGGAUCAUGGUCUGCCUGCAGCAGAGAGUGUGGAUCAGGCUACCAGUCUCGUUUGGUCUUCUGCACCAUUGAUAAUGAGGCCUACCCCGAUUAUCUCUGUGCAUCUCUGCCAAGGCCACAAACCAACCGUACAUGCAACCCGCAUACAUGCCCACAGACUCGCAGGAUGGCGUACCAGUAUCCACCACAGUUGUGGAGACCCUCAGAAACACCCAGAGCCUAUGUAUUAAGCUGGAGAACGGGUGAGUGGAAUACCUGCUCAGUUACCUGCGGGGGAGGCUCUCAGGUGCGCAGAGUGGAGUGCGUCUCCCAUGAUGCCUCGGGCCCCCGCGUGGUGGAGGAUGCCAUUUGUGCCGCCUACGCUGAGGCACCGCCCACUCUACAGACCUGCAACAUGCACAAGUGUGCAGAGUAUCGUGCGAGUAGAUGGAGCGCGUGCUCAGUGACCUGUGGGUCAGGUGAACAGACCAGGGAAGUCAACUGUGUUGGUUCAGGAGGAAUGAGGCUGGAGGAAACAUCCUGCAGGACUUUGCUCCGUCCAAUUGCUGUCCGACCUUGUGAGAUGGCGGCCUGCCUGAAACAGAUCAGCUGGCACGUCGGAGAGUGGGGACUGUGCACAACGAGCUGUGGCGGCGGCUCACGAGAGCGCCAGGUGAUCUGCUCAGACCAAGAGAGGAACCUGUACCCAAUGGACCAAUGUAACGCCAAUCCCAAACCUUCCACAGUGGAGCGGUGCAACACCCAGCCCUGCUACAGCCCACAGGUUGUUCCCAGCAUUCAGGACCCACGAGGACACGACAACACACAGACUGUUUUCCAGCCCUAUGUGCCAGAUCACGCAACAGUCCGCAGGCCUGAGACGGACCCAACCCAGACAAACACGGUUCACGACCCUCACAGUUCCGCCCCGGCCCCCCACUGCAGCCAGUCCUAUUAUGGCUGCUGCCCAGAUGGACGUACUUCAGCCGGAGGCCCCCAGGGUCUGGGCUGCCCACGGGCCCCAGCUUCCAGUCCUGUCCAGCCAUCAUGCAUUCAGACCAGUUACGGCUGCUGCAGAGACAGAGUGACGGCUGCUCAGGGCCCCAACAAGGAGGGCUGCGUGGAGUAUGUGGCCCCUGCACCCACUGCUGCUCCUUCUGUUCCCACUGAGAAUGCAGCACAGUGCCGUACCACCACCUACGGGUGCUGUUAUGACCGCACCACACCUGCUGUAGGGCCCAACGGGGAGGGCUGCCCAAACCCACCCAAUCACAUUGAGCGCUCUAUCUGCUCCCUGCCUCGUGCUGCCGGCUCCUGCAGCAACUGGAUAUCACGCUACCACUACGACGUCAUCACCUCCAAGUGUGUGCACUUCUGGUAUGGAAGUUGCCACGGUAACAGUAACAACUUCAUGUCCCGGGCUGAGUGCCAGAGGGUGUGCCAGGUGCCUGCACCAAGCCAACAGGGUCCGGGGCCAGUCGCUCCAGCGGGAGAGCCAACUUCUAGAAGAGAAUCUACCCCUGGAAGGGCCACAUCUGAAGGAGGCACCGUGUCUGAAGCAGGCACCGCAUCUGGAGGGUCAGCAGGCAGGGGGUCACGCAACAUGGGGAGGAUUUUCACAGUCCAGGGAGGCUCGACCAGCGGCACCGGCAGACAGGCCACAAGUGCCGCCACCCAUGCCCACAGAGCUAGAGUCCAUAUGCGCGUGCGCCGGCCUUCACCUGCAUCUGCUGCCCAGCACACCGUCCCAGCAGCGAGUUUGACCCUCGGAGAAGUGACCAUCGAUAAGACCGACCCCUCGACAGUGGAAGCUUUAGUUGGCCAGACAGUGGUGCUGCCCUGCAGAGUCAGCCCGCCACCAUCCUCUACUGUCAUUGUCGAGUGGAGAAGAGACGGCAUCCCUCUGUCUACGCACAGGCAUCACCAGCAGCCCAGUGGUUCCCUGUUAAUUGGUCCUCUCACUAAGUCAGACUCUGGUUGGUUCUUGUGCAUUGCAACUCGUGAACAGGAGAGAGACCACCGCUACAUUUACCUGUCUGUCACAGAGGGAUCAUCUCAGCUGAUUCCUACCUCAUUGCCCAGAGAUGUUCCUUUCCCUCGGUUCAGUAUCGAGCGGUCAAGCUCUUCUUUGCUGGAAAUGCGAGCAGGACAAACUGCCAGACUGCCCUGCACUAUUGUCCCUCCUUCAGCACUUCAGUCUGUCAACAUUCAGUGGACUAAAGAUGGACAGACCCUCAGUGACUCAAGGUAUACCAAACAUUCAGAUGGCACGCUGAUCAUCGGCUCUCUGAAGCCGGGGGACUCUGGUGUUUACACAUGUACAGCCUCCACUCAGCAGCAGCUAGAGCAGAAACAGCUGCAGCUCAGAAUCCAAGCUGACCUGAGGAUCACCACAGCUCCUAAUAACAUCCAGGUGUCUGAAGGCAGCACAGCUCUGCUCCCCUGUGUGGUGUCAGGGGACAACGUCAAUAUAGGCUGGUCCAGAAAUGGUGUACCAGUGCGUCCAGACGGUCGUAACAUCCUGGUGUCUUCCGACGGCAGCCUGAUCCUGAAUAACGUAAAGCCUUCAGAUGAGGGCACUUACACCUGUAACGCAUACACUGGCAUCUACUCUGUGAGUGCCACGGCUGAAGUUAGAGUCACUAAAGACACACAUCAAGGUGUUGAUGUGCCGCCAGAAUGCGUGGACCAGCCUGAGCUUGCCAACUGCGAGCUGAUAGUUUACGCCCGACUUUGCUCCAACUCAUACUACUCCAGUUUCUGCUGUGCCAGCUGUACCAGGCAUUUGCAGAGAAACGACAGGUUUGGUCGGCUAGGCUAAAGCCGCAGAGGGUUUAAAAACUCUGGGAUGGGUGGGAGAGACGACAGGGGACAGGUGAGUUUUGGAGGACUGCAUUUUGAAAACCUUCCAACACCGAACUUCUGCAAUUGCCAAAAGGACUCAAAACACUCAUAUCUGUUCACAACCACAAUUCAAGAAUGCAAUGAAAAAGGGACUGAUUACUAUAGAUGAGGUUAAAUCUAUAAACACUGAAACAUUAAACAGGGGCCUUAAAAUUAAACGUACAGUGUAAACCUAUAAAGUCUGUUGACUGUGAUAAAUGGUCUUCUUACUUUUUCAAAAUAAGUUAUUUACUCACUGGACCUUACUGCACACAUUCUCUGUUUUCUAGAGAAUUAUUAUGAUUUCACUUUCAGGUCACUGAAUGGAUUUUACAUGUCAACCCAGUAAGCCCAUCACAUGUGAAAUGAUUCCAUCUCUGCUGAACUGUUUUGACCACUGCUCUUUUUUUAAUCAGUAUUUUGGCAUCUCACUGAUAAAAAUGUUGUAUUUGCUUUUCGUAUUGUUUAUUUUUAUGUAAGUAUUUGAUAAUAAAAAUAAUAUUUUGAUAAAAGCUCCUGGUGGUUCG